AUGAGUGUUCGAGUUCAAGCACCGACCGAUCCGAGCCUUACGCUGUCGAAAGACCGUUGUGAGCCAGGAUCGGUCAAUAUUCCACUUUGCAACUUUCCAAAGACCGCCGAGUCAACCUCCGCCGACCCUGAUGCUAUCGCCGGCAAAGUCGUGGACGCGAUCAAGACAGCUCUAAACAACGAGGAUACCAAGGCUAUCGCCGAGCUCUUUCUCGAUGACGGCUAUCUCCGAGAUCACCUGGCACUGUCGUGGGAUUUCCACACUAUCAAGGGAAAGGACAAAAUUGCCGACUUUCUCGCUCAGAACGGAUUCCCGUUAACAAAUAUCGAGAUCGAUAAGAGCUCGGCCUACCGUUCACCCCAGUUCGGCGUAUAUGAUGGUGUCGGAGAUGUGAAAGGCAUCCAGUUCUUUUUCAAUUUCACGACAAAGGUCGGAAAAGGCCAGGGUGUUGGCCGAUUAGCUGAAAAGGACGGGCAAUGGAAGCUCUUCACUUUCUUCACCACACUGAAAGACCUCUUAGGCCAUGAAGAGACUACAGGCCCUAAUAGACCUCAAGGUGUGGUCCACGGCGGCCAGGUCAACCGCAAGAACUGGGCAGAGAGGAGACAAGACGAAUUUGAAUUCAAAGAUCGCGACCCUGUUGUUUUGGUCGUCGGUGCCGGGCAGGCUGGAUUAACAGCAGCGGCCCGCCUGAAGAUGCUCGGUGUCGACACCUUGGUCGUUGACUCGGAAAACACUAUAGGCGACAACUGGCGGAGACGGUACCACCAGCUGGUGCUUCACGACCCGGUGUGGUACGACCACAUGCCCUACCUCAGGUUCCCGCCGCACUGGCCCAUCUUCACCCCGAAGGACAAGCUGGGGGAGUGGUUCGAGUCGUACGCCAAGCUGUUGGAGCUCAACGUUUGGGUCAAGACGAGCAUAGAAUCAACCUCCUGGGAUGAGACCAAGAAGCAAUGGACCGUCACGGUCAAGCGCACGAAGGCCGACGGCAGCUCCGAAACGCGCACUUUCCAUCCCAAGCACAUCAUCCAAUGUACCGGGCACAGUGGCAAGAAAAACUAUCCCACGAUCAAAGGGAUGGAGAAUUUCAAGGGCGAUGUCCUCUGCCACUCGUCCGAGUUCAAGGGCGCCCAGCCGAACGGCAAGGGAAGAAAGGCCGUGGUCGUCGGGUCGUGUAACUCCGGCCACGACAUCACGCAGGAUUUCUACGAAAAGGGCUACGACGUCACGAUGGUGCAGAGAUCGACCACGUGCGUCAUCUCCAGCGAAUCCAUCACUGAGAUUGGGCUAAAGGGUGUGUACGACGAGAUGGGGCCCCCUGUGGAUGAUGCGGAUCUGUGGCUGCACUCGUUCCCCAGCGAGGUGCUGAAGGCAUUCCAGGUGAAAGUCACGGCCCUGCAGAACAAGCAUGACGCCAAGAUCCUCGAGGGGCUCGAGAAGGUCGGGUUCGGGCUCGACAAGGGGCCCGCAAACGCAGGGCUGUUCAUCAAGUACUUCCAGCGAGGGGGCGGGUAUUACAUCGACGUUGGCGGAUCACAGCUCAUCAUUGACGGCAAAGUCAAGAUCAAACAGGGGCAAGAGAUCGAUGAGAUUCUCCCGCAUGGUCUGCGUUUCGCAGAUGGGAGCGAGCUUGAAGCCGAUGAGAUCAUUUUUGCGACGGGAUACCAGAAUAUGAGGACGACGGCACGAGAUAUGUUUGGCGACGAAGUGGCGGAUCGGGUCGGUGACAUCUGGGGGUAUGACUCGGAGGGGGAGAUGCGGACGAUCUGGCGGAAGACGGGCCAUCCUGGGUUUUGGUUCCAUGGAGGUAACCUGGCGCUGUGUCGAUACUAUUCGAAAUUGCUGGCGCUGCAGAUCAAGGCUCUUGAGGAAGGGAUUGCUCAGUAUUAG